CAUAUCUAAAAAACUAAAAAACUAAACUUCAACUGUACUCCAAAAUUUUUGUAAUUAGGAGCACAAGAAAGAAAUUGUUACCAUAGAGCCCUGAUUCGACUUGAGUAAUUGCUAAUGCAUAUGACACUUUAAUGUCAAUAAAAAAAAAAUAGUAAACUGGACAAAAUCCGAGCAGACUGGAUAAAGGAAUUAGGGGUGCACAUAUUAGAAGAAACCUGGAAUAGUGCACUAACUAGAGUAAAUGGAACAACCACUUGUACUCACCUAUGUAUAAUUCAGUGUACGGUCCUUAACAGACUCUACUACAGAAAGGCAAGGCUGUUCAAGAUAUAGUCACAUGUGACUGAUACAUGUGACCAAUGUCACUCUACAAAAGCAGACUUUGUCUGAGGCAUUUAGUAAGGAAAUCAGGCCUUGUUUUGAAAUGUCUGUUUUUGGAGUACAAGAGUAUUGUCAUGUCCAAAAUGUGUCAGGACACUUAUGAUUUUGCUGGUCUCUUGGUCCAAAAAAGAAUACUACUUGAAUUAAAUAUUCACCCAAAGGAUCAAAGGAUGCUUUUCAUAGCAAGCCAGUCUGCCAGGAAAUGCAACCUUAGUUACAAAAGGUUGAGAACCUCUGGUUUAGUACAGUACAAUAACGAAAGUGUGCCAUUUGAAAGGAUACUACACAGCAAAAUCGCCAGUGUUGAUUUGGACUCUAAUGACCACUCUGGGUGUUAAUUCAACACUAGGGAUUUUACUGUGUACCCUAAAAUUCACACCCUAGACGACAGAGUGUAUAGUGCAUAGUUUAAGUAGUGUAUAGUAUAUCAUUUGGGACACACUAACUGUUUAACGCAGGUAUAAUGUAGGUGAGAACAGGAACUACUGGGUCUCUCGGACGUUCCACAACUUUAAACCUAACCGUAAAAUGCGCGACGUGUCAUUCAUUAAUAAAGUAAACACCCGACGGAGUUACCGUUAAACAGAUAUUUAGCGUUGAUUUCUAAAUAUAGAUUUAAGAUUUAUUUUUGUAUUGGAGAGUGAUAGCGGAAUUUAAUUUAGCUUCGUUUAUCUACUAGCGAGAAUCAGGCUUUAACUCUUUAACUGGUUUACUCUGUUGAUGCGGUAACCAAUAAAACGCCACUUGGUGGAGGAGAGCGAAACUUCACUAACCAAUCAGAAGGUGCAGAUCGCGGAGCUGUUUGUAAAGCGCUCUCUGGUUGGCUAAGAAGAAUUCCGGAAGUAUUUUUGAAAAUCCAGCGGUGGACAUCUGCUUAGAAUGGCUGGUUUCGGGCGACUAAGCAGACACUUUCAGAAGCGUAGGAAAAAGAAUGGCAGCAGCCGACUUCUGGCCAUGAAGGCCAAGCAGUCAUUAACUCCAUCAUGUGACAGUCAAGUAAACGUUAAAAAGAAUUCAGUUGACAGAACAAAGGUGGAGCUGGUUGUAAAGACCUGUAAUAAGAACACUGAGAGACUAUCCUUCUCUCCAAGAAGCGGAAGGUUGUUGAAUGCAGUUUGGAAAGUUAUGCAGCAAUGUCAGCACAGAAUCAGUCAGAUCUGGACUGGAUUUUGCAGUGUUUUAUUUUUCUGGAGAUUUCAUGCCCAGAGAGUGGAAAUUCUUCAUCAGAAGGUGGAGGCGCUUCAGAAGGAAUUACAGCUGCUGCGUACUAAUGCUCUGUUAUCUCCUGAGUCAAGAUGCUCCGGCUGCCAUGGUACAACUGUUGCACCACCUAUUGCUCUUCUUCCCUCCCCACCACUUCCACCUCCUCCUCCACCUCCACUACCACCACCAGCUAUUCAAGUGCCACAGAGACUGCCUUUAGUAUCUAAAAGCAGGACCAGUCACUCAUCAUUGCAGGAGAAGGUUGAUCGAUGUGUUGCUGUAACUCUUAAGGAUCUGCAGGCAGUGCAGCUAAGAAAAGUAACUGCUAAUAAUAAAGUUUUGAUGUCACCGGAUGGAAAAAGAGCCCCCAUGGUCACUCUAGCAGACCUACAGAAGGUCAGUUUAAGACGUGUUCAGUGCAGCUUCCGCUCGACAAAGAGGCAUAGCCCUGGCAGAUCAUCAAGCAAAAGCCCCAUGAAACUACGCUUCCAACUUAGAAAAAUCCCAAUUGACCGCGCUCCAAGUGAUACACCACUGUGUAAUAAAGAAAAUGUUGAGAAGUAUUCACACAUUAGUGCACUAAUUAACAAUGUUUUGGAAAACAACUGCCAGGUAAGUAAUUUUAAGCUACAACAAAUACGUAUAUAAUCAAAAUGUGUUAGCAUUCUUCAAUUAGAUCUUGUUUUAUUCUUGUUAUUACUUGUACAGGGUGCUUUUCCUGGAGGAUCAUAACCACUGUAUGCCAUCAGCUGAAAAUGGGACAUCAAGAAAGCAGACAUUUCAAUGAUUUAUUGUGCUCUCACUGAGUAUUGUAUAGUCCCCUUUGAAAGUAUUGGAAGAGCAAGGCCAAUUCUAUUGUUUUUACUAUACAAUGAAGACAUUUGAGUUUGAGAUCAAAAGACAAAUAUAAAACAAUAGAUGAGAAAUUAAGCUUUCAUUUCCUGAUAUUUAUCUAGAUGUUAAACAACAUGCACCAACAUGGUACCUUUGUUAGCAGAUCACCCAAUUUUUAGGUAAGCAAAGGUUCUAGAACAGAAAGACUUAAAGUAAAUAACACUUAAUAUUUGGUUACAUAUCACUUGCUUGCAAUAACUGCAUCAAGAUGGUGAUCCACUGACAUCAUCAAACUGUUUCUUUUUUUCCAGGCUUUUACUGCAGCUUCUAUCAGUUGUUGUUUGUUUUGGGGCUUUCUCCCUUCAGGAUGUGAAAUGCAUGCUCAAUUUGUUUAAGGUCUGGAGAUUGACUUGGCCAAUCUAAAACCUUCCACUUGAUGAAGUUCUUUGUUGAGUUGGCAGUCUGUUUUGGGUCAUUGUCUUUUUGCAUGAUGAAGUUCCUCCCAAUUAGACUGGUUGCAUUUCUCUGUAAAUUGGCAGACAGAAUGUUUCUGUUGAUUUCUGAAUUCAUUCUGCUGUUACCAUCAUGAGUUACAUCAUCAAUAAAGAUUAGUGAGCUCAUUCCAGAAGCAGCCAUGCAAGCCCAAGCCAUGACACUACCUCCACCAUGCUAGACCGAUGAGCUUGUAGGUUUUGAAUCAUGAGCAGAUCCUUUCUUUGUCCACACUUUGGCAAGUUCAUCACUUUGGUAGCGGUUAAUCCUAAAUAAUACCUAAAUAAAUAAUACCUAAACUUUUGCGACUCAUCUCUGUAUUUCUUUGUGAAUUCCAGUCUGGCCUUGCCGUUCUUACUGCUGAUGUGUUCUUGAGGUUUUCUUCAAAUAGUGGAUCACCCUUGCCCUGUGAAGGCUGUUGGUGAUAUCAGUGACUGUUGUUUUGGGGGUUUUCUUCACAGCUCUCACAAUGUUUGUCAUCCAAACAUAACAAAAUUGUUUAAUUGGCAGUACCCAAUGUGUGUGCAAUGGCUCUGAUUGAUUUCCCCUUUUUUCUCAGCUUCAAAAGGGCUUGAUUUUCUCCCACAGACAGCUGAAUGGUGUUCAUGUUGGUUUAUCCUUAUUAAUAACAAAUUAAUUCUUCACAGGUGAAACCCAGGGAUCAAUACAAGAGUAGAUAUUCAGUGCUAUUAAUUGUUUAAACAAUCUAUCAUGGCACACCUGGGCAACAAGUAACACCUGUCAGUUACAUGUUCCAAUAUAUCUGAUCACUUAAAAAACGUGUGAGUUCAAACAAAAGGUGUCAUGUUCUAAAUUGUUUAACAGAUCUAGAUAUAAAUAUUAGGAAAUGCAAGCUGAAAUUCUGAUCUAUCAUCUCAUGUUCAUCUUUUUAUCUCAAACACAAAUGUCUUCAGUGUGUAGCAAAAAUAAAGAAUUGGCCUUGCCAAUCCAAUAUUUUCAGAGGGGGCUGUAUGUUUAUUCUGGUAUAUGGCUGAAUGGUAAAUGACCUAUCGAGACAUGGAUUUACUGUACUGCUAUAUUAUCCAUUAAUGCUAAUAGUAAUGUUUUUUGUUUUUUCUUGCUUAAAGUUCAAGUGAUAAAAUGUAUAUAUUGGAACUGCACAUGGAAUACGGUUCAUGCUAAAACAUGUUUUAAUGCCAGGAUCUAUAUUGGGUGGCUAUGCUGGCCCUCCCUCCUUAUAGAAUGCUACACCAACAAUUUGGAAAGGAACACUUUUCACAACAACCCUCCCCAAGGUGGCCCAAUUUUGGCAAAGUGUGUUGGCCUUGGUAGCACAGUGGACAAAAUUACAUCAGGCCGAUGUUGCCCUCCUAAAUAAAAGCUGCCUCGGUCUGACCAGCUACCAGCUAGCACACAGGCCACUCUGGUCAAGCUGGUAGAUGGAAACGGUUACUAAGUUACAGCUAAAAAUGUAAAGUCAUAGACAACUUGUUUUAAUGAAGAUAAGACUGUAGUAAAGUGGAAAAUCUCAAACAUUUAUUGAUCAUUUUAGACAAGUAAUAAGGCAGCUGGAAAAUAUCUUACACGCUGACAAAAAUGACCUACCAGUUUAACCAGCUCAGCCUGUGUUUUGGCAGCUGGUAUCUGGUCAGACAAAACUAGAUUUCUCAGCACGGUGGCACCCAACAUCAUUAUGCUACCUAGGAAUUGCAGGGCAAUUCAUUUCACAGGGCUGCUGAUGCUGGGACUAACAGAAGCAACACUGGACAAGCUACUCUACUACUGGGCAAAUCUUAAAGAAAGAGCAUGAUUUGCACAACUAAGUAAUAAUAUUUGGCUACAAAUAUGUCAUUUUUCAAAAAAUUGCAUGUAACAGCAUACAAAAUGUUGUUUGUAGUACUUUCCUGAGGCCUUUUCCUUGAAACCUUUUUAUUUACAUAUGUGAAUAUGAUUUUUACUAUGUGUGUAUAUCAUUCCCAAAGUAAAUACAUACUUAAAUAAGUUUGGUCUAUUUUUAUAAUUUCAAGUGAAUUUCCAUCAAUGUAUGUGAAUGGGAGUUUUGGGCAUGUUUGAUCGUCCACUAAGGGAAACCCAUAAGUCCAAUCAUCCAUCCAUCCAUCCAUCUUCUAUACCGCUUAUCCUUCCUUCAGGGUCACGGGGGAACCUGGAGCCUAUCCCAGGGAGCAUCGGGCACAAGGGUACACCCUGGACAGGGUGCCAAUCCAUCGCAGGGAACACUCACAUACACAUUCACACACCCAUUCAUACACUACGGACACUUUGGACAUGCCAAUCAGCCUACCAUGCAUGCCUUUGGACUGGGGGAGGAAACCGGAGUACCCGGAGGAAAUCCCCGCAGCAUGGGGAGAACAUGCAAACUCUGCACGCAAAGCAGAGGCGGGAAUGGAAUGAAAAAGACUUUA